AUGGAGGGCUCGCCAUCUACACGUCCUGCAAGCAACCUAAAGCUCGCUCUCGAUGCAUACGACGCCCAGCAGCGUCGCUCAGCCGCACUCCAGGAAGCGCAGCGCAUCGGAAAUCUCAUCCACAUCCAAGAGCAGCAACUUGUCGCUGCCAGACAUCUCGCAAAGCAGCGGAAACUCGCUCUCAGACGUCAGCAGCAGCAGCAACAACAACAGCAACAGCAGCUCGCAUUGUCCCAGUCGUCACCGCCCACGACGGUCCAGUGCCAGCCCACGCUCGAAUCGCUGCCAGAAUGUGUCGUAGAGGAAGAAGACGAUGAACAAGCGCCUGGCGCCCUUGUCCAGCCCGCGGCUGAGCCAGUGGCCGCAGACUCUACCCAAACGACUCCACGCAUUCGUGCAGAGCAGCCUCAAUCAGCUCCAUGUGUUCGCCCUCCGGUCCGCCCGAUUCACAUGCAACUCAUUGCGAUAACAUUACUUGUUGCAAGCCUUUUUCCUAUUUCGAUGGUGUUAAGCGACACCAUUGUAGACAUUGCGGCAACCCCAAAGGUCUUUUGCGACGCAUGCACCUCCCACCGCGAGGUCCUCUACGACAUGAGCAAUAUUCCCUGGCAGGUCAUCCCCGAGGAUGUGCUCGCGUCCCUUUUCCUCGCAGACUCGGACGACGACGAGCCUGAACAAUUGCCGGCUUCCCCCGCAGCAACAUAUCUUUCGGCCAGUUUCGAAUCAGGAUCCUCAUUCGGUUCCCAAGACGGCUACUUUGCCCGCCCGGCGUCUAGGAGUUCCGCUUCCAGCCGUCGCAGCUCCAAAAAGGCAAAGGACGUCGUUUACUGGGAGGUCGGAUCAGCCGUCCACGUUCCCUAUCCGAUCCCAGCCUCUUGGAGAGACGUCGUGCUUGACAAUGCAAAGGAAGAACGCGUAUGCGACGAUUGCCACGCGAUCCUGUGGGGCAAGACCACCCCCACAAACGAAUAUUAUACCCGACGCGCCCUCGUCUAUCAACGCGAAGAGAUUGCAUGGGCACUCUGGCUCCAAGGAUUGGACCAGUGGGACGUUUGCUUGCGAAAGCAUGGUCUCACCUUCAAGCCUACGCCCGAGCAUCGCAAAUACACCCGUUCAGAGAAUCGGCGACGCGGAUCCAAUGUCAGCUCGAAUACGGCCACCACUACUGAAAGCGGCGUCUCCCAAGGAUCGCUCCCGACCUCGGCGACCGCGGAUAAGAAGGUUUCUGUUGACAUUGCCGGUCGACCUAUUCACGUGGAGCUCUAUGCAUGGCCAACCCCCCCACCUUGUAUUCGCUUCACCUCGACCACCGUUGCGGACAUGAACAAGCAAUUCACCAACCCAAUCCGCUCCACCCUCAAGCCAGACCCUACGCCCUCCAUCUUUGGCAUGCACAAGGCUGACCCGCGCUUCAUGCCAUCUUCUCGCCCACCUAUGCGUCGCAUCCCGACCGACGCCGAGCUCGAAGCCGAGGAGGAACGCCGCGAGACUGAGCUCGAGAAGCGCUACAAAGCGGCCAUUGAGCAGUUUUUGAGCGACGCGUAUGCGUUUGGAGAGCUCCGCGAGUGUUUCCGCCGCAAGGCCUUUUUCCCGUCGACCGCACCCCCGACCAAGAUGGAUGUCUUCAAGACCGAUGUUGCGCGUACGGCCUUGGACAUUUGCUCCUGGUGGCGCGGCGAUGUCUAUGGUGGAUGGUAA